AUGGUGGCCAAGGACUAUCCCUUUUACCUUUCCGUCAAGAGGGCGAAUUGUGCCUUGGAAGUGCCGACAGUGACCAGCCCGGCUAAAGAGACGGAGGAGCCCAGUAACAAACGGGUCAAGCCGCUUUCCAGAGUUACGUCACUAGCGAGUCUCAUUCCUCCCGUCCGCGCCACUCCGUUUUUCAGCCAGACGCUUCAGCGUUCUAUCAGCUUCCGUAGUGACAGUCGCCCAGAUCUGUUCAGUCCACGACCAUGGUCUCGAAAUAUGCCCCCCACUAACACAAAGCGGAGAGACAGCAAACUGUGGAGUGAGACCUUUGAUGUCUGUGUCAAUCACAUGCUUACAUCUAAAGAAAUCAAGCGUCAAGAGGCUAUCUUUGAACUUUCCCAGGGAGAAAAAGACUUGAUAGAAGAUCUGAAGUUAGCAAAAAAGGCAUAUCAUGACCCAAUGCUUAAACUUUCCAUAAUGACAGAGCAAGAAUUGAACCAAAUUUUUGGGACACUGGACUCUUUAAUUCCAUUACAUGAAGAUCUUCUUAGGCGACUUCAAGAAGUCAGAAAACCUGAUGGAUCAACAGAUCAUGUUGGCCAUAUCCUUGUGGGUUGGCUUCCAUGCCUAAACUCCUAUGAUAGUUACUGCAGCAAUCAAGUAGCAGCCAAAGCUUUAUUGGAUCACAAGAAACAAGAUCACAGAGUGCACGAUUUCCUACAGCGCUGCCUCGAGUCUCCUUUUAGCCGCAAACUGGACCUUUGGAAUUUCCUUGACAUCCCAAGAAGCCGUUUGGUUAAAUACCCGUUACUACUCAGAGAAAUUUUGAGACACACACCAAAUGAUCAUCCAGAUCAGCAGCACCUUGAAGAAGCUAUUAAUAUAAUUCAGGGCAUAGUGUCUGAAAUCAACAUAAAGACUGGUGAAUCUGAAUGCCAGUAUUACAAAGAGAGACUUAUUUAUCUUGAAGAAGGCCAGAGAGAUUCAUUGAUUGAUAAUUCACGUGUUGUAUGUUGUCAUGGUGAACUGAAGAACAACAGGGGAGUGAAACUGCACGUCUUCCUCUUUGAAGAAGUGUUGGUGAUUACUCGAGCUAUCACCCAUAAUGAACAGCCCUGCUACCAGCUCUACCGGCAGCCCAUCCCGGUGAGGGAGCUGGUGCUGGAAGACUUGCAAGAUGGAGAAGUGCGAUUGGGUGGAUCCAUACGUGGUGCAUUCAGCAACAAUGAGAGAAUCAAAAACUUCUUUAGAGUCAGCUUCAGAAAUGGAUCUCAAAGCCAGACUCACUCACUCCAAGCCAAUGACUCCUUCAACAAACAACAGUGGCUUAACUGUAUCCGCCAGGCCAAAGAAAAAAUUACAUGUGCAGGCAAAGCUGGCUUGCUGAACUUGGAAGAACAUUUUCUUUUGUCACCAAAUGGAAGCAGAGUACCCCAGGGAGAAGCCAAACUUGAGCAAAUGGACCACUCAGACUGUGAGUCAGAAUGUAGUAUGGACACCAGUGAGAUCAGCAUCGACUGUGAACAUAUGGAACAGACAAACUCUUGUGAAAAUGAAAAGCAAAUAGAAACCAAUGUUUGACAAAGACUUACAGCUCAUGGAAGAAAACAUGUCUCCUACCUGUACAGUAUUUGCAUUCCAUACAUGGAACCAUUUGGAGAAGCACUUUUAAAAUAUUUUUUGUGACAAUGUCAAUGCAGUCCCUCUUGUAUUCGUACCUAUGAGUGUAGUACUGUAACUGCCAAUCUGUAUAAGCUGGAAUCUCUUGCAACUCAUGUCCUGUGAUUAUAUUCCAUAAACAUCCAAGGUGGAUGAAAGAGGUACUUAACCAGUUAUUCUCAAUGUCCUGCUGUAAACAGAAUCUCUAAGCUACUGGUUAGAUAUGCAUUGCGUAAAGAAUCUUCCCCUAAUUUUUAAAGUACUUUAUUUGUCCUUUAGUGGGGCAGCUGAAGGUGUGGACUUAAUA